UCGCGUACGGUACGAUACGGCGGCAAAACAGCUGCAUACUCUAAUUAACGAUCUACCUCCGACACCACUACGAACACAAAAUAUAAAAUCGAUAACGAUGAGGAAUUUGACAUGGCUCCUAUUCCUCUAUCUUUCAAUGGGAAUACUCUAUAAAGAUCGUUGUAAUGCCUCCCCACUACCUGAAGAUUACCAAGAAGACGAAGACUAUUAUGAUGACGAUGAUGGGGAGCAGGGAACGUCAUCAAUCGGGCCUAGUGUUCCCAGUUCUCCCCCAUAUUUUGAACAAACCGACAUUCUGCUGAAUGCGAAGCCCGGCGAUGACGUAAUCAUAAACUGUGACGUUCGAAAUUAUCAAAUUUCUAAUGCAGUGAUGUGGUACAAGAAUUCAAACAUUGUGGCGAAUGGUCAAAAUGCUCUAACUAAUAGGGUAGAGAGUAUGAAAAAUAAUUCAAUAAAGAUACAGUCCGUAACUCUGGAGGACGCUGAUGACUACUAUUGUGUGGUCUUGCCGCAGAAUGUGAGGCAACAUACUAAAUUGCAGGUGGUGGGCGCCCGACUGUCGAUCUUCUGCGACGGUCGCGAUGUUACGGACCGUUCGCAGACGUUCAAGCAGGGUGACAACCACAAGCUAGAAUGCCGAACGAAUCUGCCUAACAAGACUGACAUUAAGUGGUCAUUUAAUGGCCAGCGUCUUGACAUUUCAUCAAGUGAAGCUGAAAGCGGCGUAAUUGUACUCGAGAACAUUGAAGAAGAUGACGCCGGCGUGUAUCAAUGCUUGGGAGAUGAUGGUAGCCGGGAUCCACCGCACGGCAUGGUCUCCAUUGAGGUACACUACAGCCCCAAUGUGUGGACCCACAGACAUCAUGUGAAUGCCCAAGCUGGAGGCAAUGCAGAUCUGCAUUGUGACUACCGCGCGAAUCCCAUCGCUUCCAGUUUUUGGUUGAAAAACGACAAGGUUCUAAACUUGUCCGAGAAGUACAAGAUCAUCAGCUCCACACACAAGGGCCAUAACCGCACCACACUGAUUGUAAAGGACAUCAAUGAUAAUGACUUGGGCGAAUAUCGGUGCACUGUAGAUAAUGUCAUAGACUCGAAACAGGCGCGAGUGCAGCUCAGUUACAAUCCGGAGACACCACAGUUCGAAGACAAGAAGAUAGACGGCAGCCAGGUCACCUUGCAUUGGCUGGUCCGAAGCCAACAACCUCUCUCGGAGGCCGUGCUUGACUACAAAUUGUCUGGGUCGUAUACUUGGAGCACUGUCUCUGUAAUACACACGCAGCGUCAUAACGAGACCAGCGGUAUUUGGAAGAUUAGUCAUCAAAUGGAGCUUACACCUGGUAAUUGGCAUGCACGUGUUAAGACGAAGAACACCAAGGGCUGGUCAAAUUUCUCUCCGAGUCAUGACUUUGUCAUUCAAGAUUUGGAUGAUUAUAACGAUAAUUCGGACAGUGAUCUGCCACCCGAUGACCUCAUGCGUGCUGGUUUUGGUGGAGGCGGUAAUGGGGCAUCGAUGUUAAGGCAUACCAUAAUUUACCUUCUACCAGGACUGCUCACAAUGCUUCUACGCCAUUAAGUGUGUUCUUUAGCAAUUUGUACAUACAUACACACACACACCACACACACUAUGCUGCACACAAUUUUUUUGUAGAAUUGCCAUCGCUAUAUACCUGAGUAUUGUAAUUAUACAGGCAAAUGAGCUUGCAGCACUUUUAGCAGGCCCCUCUGGCAUAUGCUAAGGUCGCCCAUAAGCACAUCAAAGGGUUCAAUGUUAAUUCAUGCACGCAUAAGAAAACUUUACAGCAACAACAGUGCCAAGAAACAUGCACAAAAUGAAUUGUAUGAAUUAGCUUAAUUUACGUAAAGUUACAAUUUGAAUAACUCCGACGAUCGGUUUUAAACCGCCCUAAACUAGUGUAGAAUAUUUAUUUAUGUGUCAUCGUCACAGCGCCUAUCUAUCUUUUAGCAAACUCUAAAUUCAUAAAAACUGGAUCUAAAGCUUGUGAUUUCAACAUCUUUAAAACAUCUUCCAUUCGUGUCAUCAUUAAUUACCAAUAUUGGGAUAUUUUCAUUUCUGACAAUCACAAUCAAAAUAUCAGAUUUUUAUUGUCCGAAUAUUUUAAAUUGAAGCUUUGCCUUAAGUAUGAUACAAACAUAUAGUGAGUGUCAGAAAAAGAUAGAAUGGAUUAUACUAGAUCUAUGCAAGGCGUUUUUUCACACGACUACCGGUUAACCACUAGAUUCCGAUUGCGUUCUCUCCAGGAUUGUGGUUUUCGUUUAUCGCUUGCAAUCGAUCUUAAUACAUCGUCAAAGUAUUUCAUUUGCUUUCUUUCUCUUUGAUGAUCUAUAACAGUUAUGUUUAAAAGCAAAACAAAGAAUAGAUACUGAUCGAUUUUUGAGAGUAAAAAGGCCGUGUUAGAAGUCUCUUGUGUGGGUCCAGUCUAAGUUGAAAGCUACAAAGAAGUUUCCUUGUUACCUGAUGAGAUACAACAUAGUUGAGAGUGUGCUUUAAAACAGCUUCACUGUACAAACAUACAUGCAUAAUGGAGUAAUCGAAGAUCGAAUGUAUGGACUAGCACUAUUUUGUAUAGCAAAGCGUACUUAUUUAUAUAAAAAAAAAAAUAAAAAACAAAAUGAAAUUUA